GGCCGAGCAAGGUAUCACAACGAACCGGACCUUUACACCACGCCUCGUCAGGCCCCUGAUAUAGUUAACAAGUUGACGUUCUCUUCCCUAUUCUGCCGCUAUGAACACUGCCGUGGCGGUGCCGGGGUUCGCGGACUCCUUCUGGACGCCCGAUUAUGCUACUGGGAUUCAUACCCUUUUCACAAAACUCCACCAGGGCAUCGUGGAGAACCAGCAGAUUCUCACGAUGGCCCAGAUGCGUGCUGAAGCAGAGCGUGUAUACGCCGCACAACUAGGUGCGAUUGCUCCAGCUAUUGCUCGGAAGACCGGUGGCUUCGAUCGCGACGAUGGUGCCAGUGUUCGCAAGGUCAGUUCCCGCCCCAGUAAACGUUGACCCAACAUUACAUCUGAUAUUUAGCAGGCUUUUGAUUGUAUGCAGAAGCAGAUGGUCGAGGAGCAAGCCAUCCACCAGAAAAUAUCGAGUAGCAUUCAGCAACUUGUCAUCCAAGAAUUCAGUCGCUGGGCAAGCGAGCAUGAAGCCCGAGUCGUUACCUGCGAAAAGGCCCUCAAUCUGCGACUGAAAGAAUAUGCUAAACAAUGUGAUGAAGUGAGCAGUUUGAAUGAGAAGUAUCUCAGCAAGUGCCGGCAGAUCCACGACCGGGAACAGCAGGAGCUGUUCGCCUUCCAGGAACCCGAAAGUGCCACGGCCAGCCCGAAGCAUAAACAACUGAAAGCCCCCACCAUCGUGCUGCCCGAUCCCCUAGAUGAAGACCCGGAACCAGUGGAGUUGGGUGACAUUGUUUACUCGCCAGAGCAAUUGAAGCAGUUACUGAAGCACAUGCUGGAAACCAUUCCAAUGGGUGAGGUGAAAGUGCGCUUACUUGGGACAUAUCUCAAUACGUCACUUGGAUCGGACAUCGUUGAAUACCUGCAGAAACACUUGGGCGCCUCGUCCCUCAGCUAUGCUGAACGAAUUGGCCAGGAUAUGGCCGAUAAUGGUUUUAUUACUUCGAUUGGCGCCAUGGGACCCAACCCGCUCGUCAACACUACAUUCACCGGUAGCUCUAGGUCUACAUACCAGUGGGACAAGCGUGUUUUCCAGAUGACCGGAGUACCGGAGAAGAAGAAGCCACUCACUCGCUCUGGGACUACAUUGAGCCGCACCAGCACUGGAACAGGAAGUGAUGACAGUCCAGUUGACUCGCCUACCUUGACAGAGCGUUUUGCUGCAUGGAACCCCCUCAGGAAUCAGCUUACUGAUGAAACGCCUAUGGAAAUACUCAAGCGCCAGGCAGAUGAGGCCAAUGAACGCUACAAACAUGCUGUCAAACAUCUGGAUGCUAUCCGCUGUAAGCUCGAAGAGGAAAUGUUCCACACGAUGAAAUUUAUGCAGCAAUGUGAACUACACCGUCUGGAGGGUAUCAAAACAGUCGUCAUCGAUUUUUCGAGCACGAUCAGCAAUGUCAUUCCAUCUCUACAGAGCACCAUGGAUAGAAUUGUUCUUCACCAUGAGGCAAUGCAGCCGCAGGGUGACCUGCGUUAUAUGCUGGAGAACUACCGCACCGGCUCGUUUUGUCCCAAAGUGGCUGUCUACGAAAGUGGUUCAAAGUCCACAGAAGGUGAGUUACUUUUUUAUCUCUUCUCUCGAAACUCCCGUAAGGCUAACCGACAUUUGGCAGAACAAACCUUCGGCGUCGAUUUAGAAACAUUAACAGCGGCAGAGGGCAAAAAGCGAGUUCCGGUCCUUGUUACUGGUAUUCUGACAUACCUUGAUAGGCAUUAUCUUGACCUGGAGGGAGAUGAUGCCCGGCGAGCAAUUUGGCUUCGAGACGUUCCUUUAACGGAAACUCAUAAGCUGCGUUCUAAACUCAACAGGGGACGUUCUGGACCAAUUGUAAAGAUCGACGAUGAGGUGGAAGCUAUUGGUGAAAAGUUACAAGAAUUCGAAAUGCCUGUCGUUGCGAGCGUUUUGAGACUCUAUCUCUUGGAACUUCCAGAUUCAAUCGUCUCAUCUAAGCUAUACGAAAUUUUCCGCACAAUUUACACAACGACACGCGAUACCUCUGAUGAAAAUCGUAUUAGAGUGCUUCAGAGCACUCUGGGCCAACUUCCUCUUCCCUACAUAGCUACCCUAGAUGCUAUCACUACUCACUUCUGGCGACUCGUCGAUCUUACCAUUCCUGAGAAUGACCAAUUUUCUACCCGUGAGGAGAUCUACAUAUCUGCUCUUGCAUCGACACUGGCUCCAUGCAUCCUCCGUCCACGCGUGCAGAAUCAUCUGUCUAUGGACGAAAAACACAGCCAUCGUCUUGUUCGUGACCUGAUUGUCAACCAGAAACAAAUUUUCGGGGAACUUAGACGGCUAUCUAGCAAGUCAAGCAGCACCGCGUCUCGACCUCGUGCUAUCAGCACCGACGAAAGCAAUCGACGAGCAAACAUGGAAGAAAGGAACCGUGCAAUUGCUAGCAGGGCUAGAGCCACGAGUCCUGCCCCAUCCCCUCGCCAUCGCCGCGACCGAUCCGUUGGAAGCUCGGGAAGCACCAGAUUCCCGGUUAGCGUUUCUGGAGCUACUACUUCCGAACGCAAACCGGUCCGUCAAUCCCUAGAAGUACCUGAUCCGUCACCGGCUCCGAUAGAUAUUGCACAUAAUAACACCAACGGCUCAAGCGAGGGCACGCCAGCGACGGCUGAAGACACAAACACCUCUGCCGAUGCUCUAACUACUGAUCGGGCAUCAACACCACCAUCCGCCACAACUACAACCCCUGCUUCCGCAGUACCAUCAUCUGUUACUAAUGAAGUUAAGAAAACAGGCUCACUCUCUCGCUCUAGCCGAUAUAGCCAUAUUACCGGCAUAAAGCGAGAUGAAGGUGACAAUUCAGCAUCGGAUGUUCCUCCAAAGCCUGUGGGUGUAACACUAGAGGACAAACCAAUUGAUGACUAAGUUUAGCCCGACCUUAGCUACCCACGGUCACCAUUACCUUUUCCCUUUCUCCGUUCUCUUAUCCCCGUUUCCUACCUUCUGUUUUUGUCAUGAUAUUAUGCCAAAAGCAACCGAUUUAACGAUAUCCCAAGCAAUUUUUCUACCUUCUCAACCUCAACAAUCUACUUUAGCCUUAGAUAUGUCUUUUUGUACGAUGUCUUUUUUAAGAUUUAUAUUUUUGCCAACUUCCCACAUUCGCUUUCUUGUCCCUAAUGAAACUCCAUUCUAGUGGUUGAUACUUCACCUGAGAGGCAGAUCUUCCGGUAAUUGCGUAUGAUACCCAGGAAUUAACGGAAGGGAUUCUGUUGUCUAGAUGCUACAGAAAAUUGUCGAUUCUGCAUUAUAAAGGCUUAUUACAAUUGUCAAUGUGGUCAACGUUAUUCAGCAGCGAACAUACAAAUUAUUAUUUUAUGAUAUCAUAAACAUCUAUCUAUUCUGAUACAAGAUGCGAAAUACCCACGGACAAACGCUAGAGUCAAUCCGACAACAAAUAUUCACUAGUGGAACUCCUGGCGCUGCCUACUUCCCAACAUUAUUAUGCUUUCAGACAUCAUCUCGUCAUCGCCAGCAAACGGUCUCUGCUGAUAAGGCUUUAGCUGCUGCUUUUUCCUAAAGAGGCCUUUAAUAUCUAAAGGGUCCAGAAUCUUCAUCUUCAAAGGCCGAGUGUCCUCAAG